AAAAGGAACUACUUCAUGAUAUAUUUAACUUACUGAUUCUUUUGUAUUCUCGAACGACUAUUUCAAAAAAGGACUGUUGUUUUUUAAUAAUUUCGAUCGUUAAAGGAUUCCACGUUCCCUAAAUUUAAGCCAACCACAUUAAAUGUAGGUAGUUUACUCGACUAUAACUUAUCACGGACAUGUCUAGAAGGGUUAAAAUAGAAUCAAAGGGAACAGGUGCUGUAGUCAACGAAAGCCAAGAGAAAGUAAAACGUAAACGGACAAUAACAUUAAAACACCCGAUAAAGUCGCCGGUUAAGCCAGCAAAGAAAACUGGUGGUCGGGGCCUUGGGAAAGCAGGGGCUAGACGUUUGGGUCAGCUAUUAAAGCGUGCGAUCCAAGAGAAGAAACAUGUAACAGGAAACGAAACGAUGCCAAAGACUCCAGUUCGCCUAUUCAAGUUCCAGACUCAGGCAGAGGUUGCAUCUACACCUAAAUCCAGCAAUACAAGGCACGUGGACACCUUACCUCGCGUGUCCCAGCUCAUCCUUCGGGUGAUUUCCCAGUGCAAGCACCGGGGUGGCAUUUCCAUGGUGGAGCUCAAGCAUGCCCUGUCUGCUGGUGGCUAUGAUGUUACCAAGAACAACACCCGUGUGAACUUAGCUGUUAAAGGAAUGGUGACAAGAGAGACCCUGGUGCAGACAACUGGAGCUGGAGCAUCUGGCUCAUUUAAACUCAACAAGAAGACAGUGCCGGAUGAGAAGAGACAUAAGAUGAGAGGUCGUGGAGCAGCAAUGAAGGCUAAGCAGAAAAACAUAAUUUUGAAUUCAGCAGUAGUAAGGAAAGAAAAUUCCUUGAGAAUGACAGGAAAAGGUCUGAAACAAGGAACGAAAGGAGCUAAACCAGCAGGCAAAUCAAAAAAAACAGCAGGCAAGUCACAAAUAAGAGCAGGCAAGUCACAAAAAACUGCCGGCAAGUCACAAAUAAGAGCAGGCAAGUCACAAAAAACAGUUGGCAAGUCACAAAAAACUGCCGGCAAGUCACAAAUAAGAGCAGGCAAGUCACAAAAAACAGUUGGCAAGUCACAAAAAACAGUUGGCAAGUCACAAAAAACAGUUGGCAAGUCACAAAAAACUGCCGGCAAGUCACAAAAAACAGCUGGUAAGAAGAGAAAAACCGCUGGUAAGAAGAGAGUUGUAGGAAAGGCUCCAAGGGCAGCAAGAGAGAGACCAAAACAAGUGGGCAAAAGCCAUAAAUCAGCAGGACAACAAGCAAAAGUGCAAAACCAUCAGGUCUGAAGGAAAAGCAUUGAAAUCAGCCCAUCAGAAACUCCCCAAAACUGUUGUAACCCCAAGAACUAAGACCCAGAUACAGAGACCCGAAACUAUUAAAAGACAGAAUGAGACUAUGGACUGAGAUUAACAAAUGAAAAUCUUUCAAAUUUGACAUGCAUUUCAAGAGAAAAGGUAGAUAUUAUUGUCCCACUUCACUUUAAAACAUAGGUUUUCAAUUGAAUUUCAGUUCAGACAAUGCAAAAUGUUAGUUUUUUUGUGGUGGUCAGUAAAGUCAUAGAUUAUGAUUUACUGUUUAUAUUUUAUCCAUCAUAUUCUUGUAUCCUUUUUGUAUUAUAUUGUUACUGACAAAUU